AUGAUGCCCAAUCCAAAAGAGUACAGAAACCUAAUUCUAAUUAUCAUAUUGGAAACAAAACCUCUCCGAGACUUUUCAUCGAACACUUCGUGCUCAAUCCCUCAGAAGAGAAAAGAAAGAUUCAAAGUCGUAGUAAUGGAGAGUGAGACGAAGAAGAAGAAGCAUCUAAUGGAAAUCGAAGGCUACCCUAUCGACGGAUUAUCAAUCGGAGGUCACGAGACUUGCAUCAUGUUCCCUUCUCUUCGUAUAGCUUUCGACAUCGGCCGUUGCCCACACCGCGCAAUCUCCCAAGACUUCCUCUUCAUCUCUCACUCCCACAUGGAUCACAUCGGUGGACUGCCAAUGUAUGUUGCGACUAGAGGGUUGUAUAAGAUGAAGCCUCCAACGAUUAUAGUGCCCACGUCGAUUAAAGAGUGUGUUGAGAGUUUGUUCGAGGUUCAUAGGAAGCUAGAUUCUUCAGAGCUGAAGCAUAAUCUUGUCGGCUUGGACAUUGGGGAGGAGUUUAUUAUCAGGAAAGAUCUUAAAGUGAAAGCCUUUAAGACAUACCAUGUCAUCCAAAGCCAGGGUUAUGUAGUGUAUUCGACUAAACAUAAACUCAAGCAGGAGUAUGUUGGUCUUCCUGCGAAUGAGAUUAAGAACCUGAAGGCUUCUGGUGUUGAGAUCACAAACAGUAUAACAACUCCUGAAGUUGCGUUUACGGGAGAUACAACUUCAGAUUUUGUAGUUGAUGAGAAUAACGCUGAUGCUCUCAAGGCAAGGGUACUCGUCAUGGAGAGCACGUUUCUUGAUGAUUCGGUAUCAGUAGAGCACGCUAGGGAUUAUGGACAUAUACAUUUAUCUGAGAUAGUUAAGCAUGCUGAAAAGUUUGAAAACAAAGCAAUCCUGCUGAUUCAUUUCUCGGCUCGGUAUACAGUGGAGGAAAUCGAAGCUGCAGUUUCUACAUUGCCUCCACCUUUAGAGGGACGUGUGUAUGCUUUAACACAAGGAUUCUAAACAGUAGACACUCUCACACUUUGGUUUUUGUUGUUCCCCAAGUUAUUGUAUCGCACAUUUAAACGUUAUACCCUUGUUGUUGAGUUUCUAAGUUAGAGAUGUUUAAGUGAUUUGCUAAAUUAAUAAAUCCGUAUAAAUGUUAGUUUUACUGUUGAA